AUCCCUGCUUCGCCGCGUGGGGUCCGGGGCUCGGCGAUGGCUGGCCUGAGCCGGAGCCGUGGCGCGCUGUCGGCGCACAUGCUGCUGUUCGACCUGCCGCCUGCGCUGCUGGGCGAGCUGUGCGCGAUCCUGGACAGCUGUGACGGUCCGCUGGGCUGGCGCGGCCUGGCGGAGAGACUUUCUAACAGCUGGCUGGAUGUCCGUCACAUCGAAAAAUACGUAGAGCGAGGUAAAAGUGGGACACGAGAAUUGCUGUGGUCCUGGGCACAGAAAAACAAGACAAUCGGCGACCUUUUAGAGGUCCUCCAGGAGAUGGGGCAUCAACGGGCUAUCCAUUUAAUCACGACCUACGGAGCAAGCUUCAAUCCUUCUGAGCAUCGUCAUCGCGAGCUGCAGUUUCUCAAUGCAUCGCCCAAUGUAGAGCGUGUGUGUAACGAAAAAGCCCCUGCACCUCUGGAACCAACCAGUGUCUCAGCGGAUAAUGUUCUUGUUCCUGAACAUAAUGAGAAAGGAACACUGCACAAACCCUCUAUAAGCUUCCAGAAUGUCAUAGAAGGAACCAACCAUUUCCACAAAGACUUCCUAAUUGGGGAAGGGGAGAUAUUUGAAGUAUACAAGGUGGAGAUUCAAAGCAAAGCCUAUGCUGCUAAGUUGUUUAAACAGGAGAAAAGACCGCAGUUUAAGAAGCACUGGAAGAGAUUUCUAUCAGAACUGGAAGUUUUACUCUUGUUCCGUCAUCCCCACAUCCUUGAGUUGGCUGCGUAUUUCACCGAGAUGGAGAAGCUCUGUCUGGUUCAUCCAUACAUGAGCAAUGGGACGCUCUUCGAUAGGCUGCAGUGUACCGAUAACACGGCCCCACUUUCCUGGCACAUCCGAAUCGGUGUAUUAAUAGGAGCAUCCAAAGCCAUCAGAUACUUGCACAACACUCAGCCAUGCUCAGUCAUCUGUGGCAAUAUUUCCAGCACAAACAUACUUCUGGAUGAUGAGUUCCAGCCCAAACUAACUGAUUUUGCCAUGGCAUGCUUCCGACCCCACCUAGAACAUCAGAGUGCUACCAUACACAUGACUGGCAGUGGCAGGAAACAUCUAUGGUACAUGCCUGAAGAAUACAUCAGACAGGGAAGACUUUCCAUUAAAACCGAUGUCUACAGCUUUGGAAUUGUGAUCAUGGAAGUUUUGACAGGCUGUAAAGUGGUGCUGGACGACCCCAGACAUGUUCAGCUGCGGGAUCUCCUCGUGGAACUGAUGGAGAACAGAGACCUCAAUUCGUGUCUCUCGUUUCUAGACCGGAAAAUACACCCCUGUCCUAGAAACUUCUCUGCCAAGCUCUUCUCUCUGGCGGGACAGUGUGCGGCAACUCGGGCAAAAUUAAGACCUACAAUGGAUGAGGUCCUGAACGCUCUGGAGAGCAUGCAGUCCAGCUUGUAUUUUGCAGAAGACCCCCCCACAUCUCUGAAGUCCUUCAGAUGUCCUUCACCUCUGUUCUUGGACAACAUUCCAAGUAUCCCAGUAGAAGAUGAUGAAAACCAGAGUAAUCACGCAGUGCCUCAGGAAGAGGUUUUGAGGACAGACAGAGUGCCGCGGAAAAUCCCCUUUGAGUGCAGUCAGUCUGAGGUUACCUUUCUGGGCUUGGACAGAAACUCAGGGGGCGAUAGAAGUGAAGCUGCUUGCCAUGUCCCCAGUUACUCUUGUGAAGAAUGUUGGACCCCGCAGCCUGGAGCAGCAUCCCAGGACUUAAGACCUACUGAGGUCACAUUGGGCUCCUCUUGGGAAGUGCCAGGCCAUUCUUGUGGAGGCAAGCCAGUGGAGAAGAGGUCCUCUGGACUCUUCUGCAGUGAGUACGAACAAUCCGAAAAGCACCAGAAGAUGAAGAAAAUUAAAAAAAAAAAGCAAAUGUCGCUGAAGGCACCUGGACGAAGAAUGUCACCAUGAAAGAACACACAAGGCCAGGGGAACUACUGAUGCGAGUUUGUAUAGCACAACAGCAGCCAGGGAGUUCUGUUCCUUCCUUUCCAUUCGCCCAAGCAGAACGACUCAAGGAAAUGUGUUAUCGAGGGAUGUAGGUGGACUUGGCUGUCCUGCCAGCCACUCCCAAACAACCACACGGAGACUUAAUAUUGAUUAUGAAUGCUUGGCCAAUGGCUCAGGCCUGUUGCUGGCUAACUCUCACAUUUUAAAAUUAACCUAUAUUUCUUAUCUACCUUCUGCCAUGUGGGGUACCUUCUUUCAACGUCGCACAUCCACCUUGCUUCUCUCUGCGUCUGCUCGAGACUCCCUUCUUCUUCCCAUCAUCCUCUGAGUCUGGCUGUCCUGCCUAUACUGCCUGCCUAGCUACCUGCCAGUCAGUUCUUUUAUUAAACCAAUCAGAAGGCGCCUUGUCAAAGACACAUCUUCAUGGUGUACAAAAACAAAUUAUACCGCAUAACAGGGUGACUGCCUCUCAGUCAUACUCAAGCUAAAUUAGAGCCAUUCAGAGUUAUCCAAGACCCUGGGUUCUGACAAUCAGAGCCAAAUGAAGAAUGGCAGGAUCCUCAAGUCUCUAUUACCACCCCACUGAGUCUUCAGUUGGUAAGCCGAGAACCACCCACAUCCCAGAACGAGGCACUAUCCCCUCUACCAGCCCAUCCUCAAGGACUCAAUGCCAGAAGCCAUGUCAUUACCAGCUCCAAAUGCAACACAUUUCCACUGUCACCUCUAGUGGCAAGUUCUCCCAAAGCCCAUGCUCCAUAUCCUUUAUAAAGCCCUAGCCUUCAUGGUCUGUUCCUUUUUUUUCCAUCCUCAGAGGUAGCCUUUUGUAUUGCCCCCCAUCUCCUCCCACCCACCAAAUCUCUUACAUGAGACCUGUUGCAUGGUGUGCCUUUGUGGCAUGCCAUGGUCUUCCCAUCACUACGAAAAACAAACACCAAAACUAUCAGUGCUCAUCCUUAUAAUAAGACCAGUCCAUUGGAUCCCGUUGGCUUCCCUUGGUCACAGGAAUUGCUGGAAACGCUGUAGGAAAUGUCUAAUUUAUAAAUACUAAUGGAUGCAUUUUCAAAGAGCUGUCUUUUCACAGUGAUUGGCAGUUCCUAAUCUUUUGUUCACCACUGGUUAACCUGCCUGCCUGGAAGGGAGUGGAGUUCACUCUUGCUCAGUCAUGUUCUGUAGAGAGAGUAAAUUCCUCCAGUCAAAAGCCUGCAUCCAUGUAUCUAAACUCUUAGGAGAGUUUCUCAUGAUAAUCCAAUUGUUAUAGAAAUCACAUUUAAAAAUUACAGUAUGUUGUUGUUUUACUAACUCCAAGACCAGCUACAUCCUCAGUAGAAUGUGCAAAAUUUUUUAUCAAGUCAUUUUGGGUCCUGGGGAAAGAACUGACCCCAAGACACUGGGUAGCCUCUUUCAGGAUAACUUUUCUUCCUGUUGCUCCUGGAAGCCCCCUUUAAACACCUAGCUCAAGUGUGGGUUCUACAAAGCAACCCUUCCCUUGUCCCCCAACUCCUCUGACUCUCCUCCGCCACCAGCACACCUUCAGCCUCUCUAAUCCACAAGCAGAGAGGACUCACUGCAUAAACUCCCUCAGCAAUUGUUGCUCACUCAGAAUGAGUUAGGGGUUUAGGGUUAGGGUUAGGAUUUUUGUGACUAAGCGGUAGUUGAUUUUGUCAGAACCCUUUAAUGCACUUCAUUAAGACCUGUGCUGGCCUUAAUGAUGGGUAUCAUCAUUAAGUUUUACUAACAGCUAAGUGAGAAGAUCUUCCAACAUAGAGUUAUCCAUUCCUCAGACUUGUUCUCCGCUAUCCAUUCCCUGUUGUCAUAAAAUUUUUAAUUUGCUAGAUUUAGUAAAUUGUAGGCUGAAGUUAUCAGCGGGAAAUACAGUUUGUAACAGUGCAGGCAGGCUGGGGGUUCGUACUGUGCUUCUGCGCUGCAGGUAGUAUGAGGUUUGGAAAGAUGCUGAUGUAGCUGAUGGAGACAGACAGUGGGACAUUAACUACACAGGGAAGAUGCAAGCUAAACUCCCAGGAAAAUAACCAGCUCUAAGGAGCUGUCUGGAGGGACCAUUUUGUGGACAUAAGUGACCCAGGAUGUGUAUGACCAAGGCUCUUCCUAGCUAAGAGAUAAAUGCUUUCUAGUUUUAGAGGGUGUAACACGGCCAAAAAUUAUAUGGUUUCAAUAGCAAAUUAAUGUGGUACUGCAACUUUGUAAAAGGGGAAAGAUUUAUAGGAUCUCAAGAGAAACGAGUAUGUCAUUGCAACUUUGUAACAGUGUAGUAUGUCAUUGCAACUUUGUAACAGUAUAGUGUGGAAGGGAAAUAUCCACUAAGAUGUCCUCAGGAGAGGAAUUGGGAGAACGGAAUUCAUAAAUACCAUGUAAGUGGAACCAGUUCCAAUAGUGUGUCAAGUCAGGGAAUGAAUAAAUCAUCUCUUGGUAAUCCUGCUACUGAUGAUAAUUGCAUGUCAUUCUGAAAGUGGACAGCUAAUUACAGUGGGACCUGCCAGGCUAUCAGACACCAAAUCUUGUCAUGUUUCUCUUUUAUGAUUCUGACUUAAGACUUUUAAAAAGAGCUGCACCAACUUCAGCCUAGAGUAAAUAGUAAACUCUGACCUUUGACGGCUUCCAUCUUAGUUUGCGACAGGGAGUGGCUAUGGAGCCAGUAUGCCUGCUUAUAUUAAUUCCCUGCUGACAGUGGUGAGGCUGUUGACUGAGGCAGGAGGCAGAGCAACCGUCGGCAUUUUCAUCAUGCGUUUGUCGAGCACUUUGAAGACAGGAAAAUAAUUUAUGUGUUUACGAAUGGCCUAUACCGUCGAUUAAAAAGCAUUU